CAAUUUGGAACACCAGAGAUGGUUCAUGGCCAAUAAGAGGUAGGAGGCUGGACUGGUCAUAUAUUCGUCCUUCACAUGCGUCUAUAAACAUUGCUGUCCGUUGUUGUUUAGUACCUUACCCUCAUUCUGGAGUACAGCCUGCCUAAUAGCUAUAAUGUAGCGAACAGAAAGAGCCCCCCCCGCCAUUGAGUUGCUAACAUGGCGAGACAUGUGAAUAGCUUCCUUACAGGCCACACAAGUAUCAACCCUUCACACUAUUCACUCCAUGUUCCAGCAUGAGCACCUGCCACCAUAAACCAUCAACCGAAGACGUGCUCUAACCUUCAACCUCAUCACUCAUGCCCAAAAAAAUGGCACUCAAACCAGCAGUCACGCCCUUGACCCAAGAUGAAUUCAGAAAGAAAUGCGAUAGCCAGGUCGUCACCAUCUACGCUGGUCGUGAUUGUCAGUCCCCGUUCACACUUCCCAAAGACCUGAUCUGCUACUACUCUCGCAUCUUCGCACAUUACUUCAACGGCACCUCUGCGCAAGCUCUGUCUGGCUUCUUGAAUCUACCAGCUGUUGAUCCCAAGUUGUUCGCUGUGCUGAUCGACUACGUCAAGCACGGGUCUGCUACUUUCCCUUACAGUUUAGCUGGGGUUUGGGGACGAGAGGGUGAUGGUGCUGUGGCGGCGGCAUAUCAAGUGAUCAGUGACUGCGUUAGAGCUCUCACGGCAUUCCUGCAUCUCUGCGCAGCAUACGAUGUCCACGAGGCAGGGGUAGCGAUAUACGAGCCCCUCACCAUGUGCGUCUGUCUGGCACAGAGCUAUGGUAUCGGCAUCAAGAGGAUCCUGACGGAUGGUUUUAUUGACAUUGUUCUUGAAACUCUGCCUGAUCUGCCGGGCGGAAAUCCUGUGCUUGUUUUGUUAGCUGAGGCGCGCAUUUCCGAUACAGUGAUCAAUCGUCAUCUGCUUUCCACGCGAGAGUGAUCGGAGAAGGAGGUUGGCGUGAGGGCCAAGAAGGACGAGUAUGAUAGGAUGGGACUGAUGCUGGCAUCACGACAUCAUGAGGACUAUGAGCAGUGCUUGUGGAUAAUGGAGGACUAACAACAGCUGUUGGGGGUUGCUGUGGCAUUAUAUCAACCGACCAAGCAAAGCUAGAUAUAUGAGGCAGAUUUAUAACCUGACUUCUCUCCAUCUGUUCGCGACUGUGCGUCGGCUGCCUCGUCGUGGUUAGUUUUGCGUCAGAUUCCCAUUGAUAAACUACACAGCAAUAUUAUAAUAUUCA